AUGCUUUGGAUCAUAGAACCACUUGCUUCGAGAUGUGCAAAAUUCAGGUUCAAGCUACUUUCAGAAGAAAUCAUGAGUAGUCGUAUAUUGCACAUUUGUUAUGAAGAAGGCCUCACUCGUGACGCAGAGGCUCUCUCAACCUUAAGCUCUAUCUUACAAGGAGAUCUGCGCCGGGAUAUCACGUACUUGCAAGGAGGUGCUCGCUUAUUUGGGUCAUCAAUAUCAUCCAAAGACCUCAUAAGUGUGUCCGGGGCCAUUCUACUAGAGGUUACUGAGGCACUCUAUGCAGCAUGCAAAAGUGGUGACUUUGAUUUGGUGAACAAGGAAGUCAAUAAUGUAAUUGCAGAAGGGUAUCCAGUCUCUCAGAUGCUUGCUCAGUUAUUUGAGGUGGUGGUUGAAGCAGAUGACAUAUCAGAUGAACAAAAGGCUUGCAUAUGCAAGAGUUUGGCUACAGCUGACAAGGCUGGCUUAGGCAUCACAAAGCCCAAGUCAAACAACAUCCAGCAACCCAUUCCAAAUGAGCCUACCAGGCCGUAG